GCAUCUGCUACCUAAAUACAUCUAGUAUCCAAGUUAUAUCACUAUAAACAAUUCUAAUUUAUUUCUUAAUUCAAUAUGGUGGAGUUUUCCGAAUUAAAUGUGAAAAAUAUUUUUAAAAAAUGGUAUAUCCAGAAAUAAAACUUCUACAUUUGUUUCCUGAUGACGUUGUCGCAGCAGUAAAUGAUUUAGAAAUGAUUUAGAAAAAGCACAUUAAACAAUGGCUGAUUUUUGCAAAACAUACAUUUUCCAAAUAAUGCUUGUAAUUAUUUUGCCAAUACCGUUUUAGGUAGCUUGGAGAGCGUAGCUUUACGGAUAUGUGUGUUUUGACAUUAUCUAGACAAUAACGCCUUCAGUUAAUGUGCAAUGUCCAAGUUAUAUAUAUAUUUGUACAAGUAAUGCCAAACUGAAGUGGAAAUAAUAGUUCUUGAACCGUAGUUUCAGUAAAAAAAUGCCAUUUACAGUUUUGUUGCGAUUGUUAUCUUUAUGCAAAAAAUUAAUCCUUAAUUUCAAAUAAACAUCAUGUUUCCUCAGCAUUUUAUGAUUUUGCUCUCUUCCCCAAAAUUUUGAACCUUCUAUUUAAGAAAUAAUUCAAGAAAAUAUGUGCUAAAAUAUACUGUUGCCUUUUAAGAAUAUUACACAUAUCUGAUUUGGUACUGAAGAAUAAUUAUACGCUCAUGAAUAGAAAAUUGAUGAACAAGGGCUUCGCUGAUAUGCGAAUUGCUUGAUGUAAUAGAUAUUGGAAAGUAUGGACAACUGGACAAAAUAUGUUAGGAAUGUUGUUUGUUGUUUGUCUUGUUUUCUUUUGUUAGAAAAGUUUAUUAUUGAUUAAACGGUGACAGUUUGUCGUUUCCGUAUAUACUGUUACUGGGUUUGUGAAAAUGGCUUUGAUGGAUAUUUCCGAGAAAAAUAUAUUUAUUUCAGGGCUGGUGGAACAUCACACUGUCACACUAUCAUUUCAAAGGUCGGUAUCAUUUAAAGUGUUUGCAGUCUCAAUAAUAGAUCGGAAUGAAUAUCGGUUCUUACGACAGAAUUCUCAGCGCUAGUUCGACAAUUAUUAAAAUCAGAGCUGGUUCGUUAAACACUUACACUUUAUUAUUUUUCUUUGUAUAUGUGUGGUGGAGACAGGACCAAAUCCGUGUAUUACGUCUGGUAAAUGAUUAAGAUGCCGGUCAGGAAACAUGUAAUGCGCUUCAAGACGAUGGGAUUGUAGCUGACUUUUAAUUUCUCUUACCCACUAUCGCCUUAUUACCAACAUUAGGGUUAAACGAAGCAUACUCCUUGCUUGAAAUUUUCCUAAUUUUAAUGCUUAUCGAAUUUCCUUAGUAUCAGAAAUCGAAAAAAAACAUAUGAAGGACUCGCUUCGUACGCUGACAGCUCUAUGUUUUUCCACAAUAUGUGCCUUGUACUUAAACUAUGUUUCAAUAACUAACAAAAGCUUAGUAAGCGGCUCUGCUAUUGAAGCAAGAACGAAAUUCAAUCUGACAGACAAGACAAUAUUUGAGUUGAGAGAGGACGUACUAUACCGUCAUCAGGUGUUCAUGGAAAACUAUAGACCAAUUAGAAAUUCUGCUGGUAUAAGCUGCGCUAGAAUAGUCAACAAAGAUCAAAAAGAGAUAACAAAAUCCAAGCAGUUCAUGAUAAAAUCAUCAAAUAUAAGUAUGGACUAUUAUUUAAAGAUGACAGACAACUGCCAUUUAUUUCGUGCUUCCAGGGGCUAUAUUGACCAUCCACUUUCUAAGAUGGAAUAUGAAUUCCCAAUGGCCUUUUCAAUUCUGGUUUACAGAGAUAUUGAACAAGUUGAAAGACUCCUACGUUUAAUAUACAGACCGCACAAUUUUUACUGCAUACAUUUGGAUAACAAAAUGAAAACAGCUGAGAAGGAAACCUUCCAGAAGAUAGCAAAUUGUUUGAACAACGUGUUUAUCGUUAAAGAACCAGUCAAUGUAACAUGGGGAGAAUUUUCACUUUUAGAGGCAGAGCUGCUGUGCAUGAGAAUACUUGGGCCCUAUAAACAAUGGAAAUAUUAUAUCAACCUUACCGGACAAGAAUUUCCAUUGAAAACUAACCGCCAGCUAGUUGCUAUCCUAAAAGUCUUAGACGGUGCAAACGUUGUUUACGGAUCUUUAAAAGCGUUUGAACACUAUCGUAGACGCUGGUCUAUGGUUAAAGCGCCACCACCUGGUAACAUUACAUUAGUCAAAGGAUCAAUGCAUGUUGCUGCUAAUAGGCAUUUUGUCGAAUUCUGCCUUCACGACCCAGUGUCACUUAAAUUCAUAGAGUGGUUAAAAGAAACAAGGAUUCCAGAUGAGUCUUUCUUCUCUUCAUUAAAUUAUAAUCCACAGUUGGGAAUACCCGGAUCUUUUCUCGGAGAACCAGAGGAAUACUGUUUGAAGCCGUUUUUCCUCCGUUACGUCAUCUGGCAGUUUAAAGGUUAUCAUGAUCAUGUUAAAACCUGCUAUGGAAAAUUCGUAAGACAAGUGUGUGUACUUGGAGUUGAGGAUCUACCCAGCGCGUACACUAGUGUUGGACUGUUUGCUAAUAAGUUUUACCUUGAUUUUGAACCUAUAGCUCUUGACUGUUUAGAAGAGCUGCUGUAUGAAAGAACAUGGAAAGAGUAUCUCGAAGACAUUUCUAUAGAUACGUCUUAUUAUAGUCAUUUAGACUACGCCAAACUGCAGUUAAAGCCAUGACACUCAUUUCGUUUAUGAAUACCUUUUAACUUAUAAAUUGUUCGUUGAUAAUGUCACACAAGUGAUCUAUAUGUUUUUCCUAUAUUUUAGUUGUUUCUGUGACUGUCGGUUUAUUAUCGAUUUUGUAGAAAAAUUAACUAUUGGUGAGUGCAUAAAAAUUGUAUGUUAUCGGCGUUUUACAUAGAAAUGUUUCUGGGUUUUAUGGAUGUUAGAAAUUUACGCCAUCAUCUGUUAAUUUAUUUAACUUUUUUAUAUUAUAGAACAAAGAAAUAUGCAGGGUUAGACACAGUAAGGACUUCCUGUGUAAGACAGGAUUUUCGCAAACCCGAGGGGCAGCGUGGAAUGGAAAGCCGAGUGCUAGCGAUGUUUUUUUUUUUUUCCAAACUGUCCCGAAAGUUGGGAAAGCACCUGCUUUACUCAGACAGUCAAGUUAGAUCAUUUUUCUUGCCUACCGUUGAUAUUAUUGCAAUAUUUUCAGAGACAUUUCAAAUUAAAGAUAAUUCUACGUAGUAUUACUGUACGACGUGUUAUUUUUAGCUGUUUAAAUUUCAAGCCUCCAUAAGCGGUUAAUUUUUUUAUUUCUGUUUGUAAUAAGGGAUGUUUUUGACAUUCUGUACUGUACAAUUUUGAAGUCAGUUAUGCAAUGGUCGUUUCCAAGAUGUGAGUAUUUCAAGGCUGUUUUCUGCUGACCAAAAUGUUUUGAUGAUCAUUUUUUCGUAUUCAGCUCUGUUGUAAUGUAAGUGUAUGUUGAAAAAUGUUAUAUUCUUAUAAAGUUGUGAAGACGGUCAGGUAUGACUAAAAUUUAUUUAGAUUGGAGGCUGUCAGGGUGUUGAACAGUCUGCCAGAUGAUAUUAGGAUCAUUGGCUGCGUGAGAAUGAUGACUUGUCCGCACCUGGACUGGCCCAAGAUGUUAAUGCGCCAUGUGUUUAUAGUUUCUGCCCUGGACUGGUCCCAAAUGUUAAUGUGCCAUGUGUUUAUAGUUUCUGCAGAAGUUGCUUCCCCUGUGUUUCUUAGUUUUUGUUUUAGUUUCUUUUUGUGCUUUGCCUGCUUUAUUUCUGUGUUUGUAAUCAUUCUUCUCUCUUUUUGUAGUUUUAGCUUAGUUAUUAGCAAUUGUAUGCUGGUAAUGCCAAUGUAUUUUUAUUUUCUUAGAGUCAGUUAUGUUUUAAAUUGUAUUAAGGUGCUUUACCGUGUAUGUCAUUUUUUUCUUUUAUUUAGAGUCAGCUAUGUUUUAUGUUGUUUUAAGGUGCUUUAAUAAUGUAUGUAAUAAAUUGUAAUUUCUUCUUAUUUUCUUAGUGUCAGCUAUGUUUUAUGUUGCUUUAAAUGUGCUUCAACACGUACGCAAUUUCUUACAGCUGUUUUACUUAUGUUGACAUUAUUUACAUGUGUUUGUCGGAAAAUAGCGUUAAGCUAAUGUUAUAUGUUGUACUUAUCAGGUGUUCAAUAACAUUUAUGGACACCGGGAUAUGUUGCCAAGGACGAGUUCAUUUGUUAAAUAAAUUUUCUUGUUCCUUGUAUGUUCUUGAAGAUACUCUUCGAUCAGCAAAACCCAGGGCGUAGUGUAUGGUCAGAUAGGUGUAUCAUUACUCAAUUUAGAUAUUACAACUAAAAUUGUCACAUACAUGGGUCAGUAUGUUUAUGCGAGUAUCAUCGACAUACUCUAGUUUGUCAUAGAGUACCAUGCUUAGUUUGAAAUGAUUAAAAAUGUUAGACGUUUUUCUUUUAUAAACUGUUAAUUGUGCAACAUAUGGAAUAGUACAAUAGUGAUAUUUUGAAUCACAGCCAUUUAUCUAACAUUAUCAAAUAUGAUUCUACGUUUUAACGUUUUGUAUUAGAGUUUUGAUAACUAAAUGAACUAUUAAUUGCAAACAUUGGCUCAAUUAAAAUAACUGUAGAUGCAAUAUCACAAGCAUUUUUUGAAAUCCUUUCUCAUAGAUUAACAAAUGUUUCUACUAGGCAUUCGAAUUGAUAAUACAGACUUCAAGUUUCCGCACUGUUUUUAAAUACACUUGUAGCUAACUGCAUCAAAAUUCACAGUCUGAA